AUGGUUGUAACUAUUAGAAUUUCUGAUGAAAGCUUAUGGUCAAUUGCCAAGGUCCUUGACCAGCUUCAGUUACUGGGGCUUGGGAAUUAUGGUAUCAUCUUCAAAGGUGGCCUUAGAAUACUGCCAUGCUGUGUCACUAGACUCAGAAAGAGAAAGCGGAAGAGGCAGGGCGAGCGGCCGGAGGCUUCCGCAGAGGGCUUUUCGGAUCUUAAGCGGUGCUGGGGCGUGUGCCUGCGCUGCCGCUUGGGGCGCUCCUCCAGGCUUCAGGCUUCAGACUCUGUGGAGUUGGUGUAUACAGGAAGGACCGCCAAAGGGUCACUGGUCGCUGCACUAUGUUAUUUCUCUACAGCAACCUUUGUCUGCAAAGCAUACCAUGGGGGCCAUCUAACCAUCCGCCUUGCUUUGGGUGGCUGCACCAACCGGCCCUUUUACCGAAUUGUGGCUGCUCACAACAAGUGUCCCAGGGAUGGCCGCUUCGUGGAGCAGUUGGGCUCCUACGAUCCACUGCCCAAUAGUAACGGAGAAAAACUGGUUGCCCUCAACCUGGACCGGAUCCGGCAUUGGAUUGGCUGUGGGGCUCACCUCUCUAAGCCCAUGGAAAAACUUCUAGGUCUUUCUGGUUUUUACCCCCUGCAUCCAAUGAUGAUCACAAAUGCUGAGAGACUUCGAAGGAAGAGAGCUCAAGAAGUCCUCUUGGCAUCUCAGAAAACAGAAUUAGAGCUGGGAGAAACAGAAGCAAGCUGACUCCAGAGUGCACACAGUUGUGGUUACAAGGGCAAGGGCCUUCACAACUCUUGUAGAACUUUUUGUUGGGCUUGAGGAUCAAUAAAUGGAGUUUUCCAA